AGUUUCUGUUUAGUUCAGUCGCGUGUGUGCAUCGCUUCGAGUCGGUGGUCGGUGGACGGUGGUCGUUGGUCGUUGGUCGGCGGCUUGUGGCUAUAUAGCGCAUCUAUCAUGUGAUUAAAAUCGGUCCGGCAUCCGAGAAGACAACAUCUGUAUUCGCGCACGUAUCGGCAUCGCCAAGCUAUAGCUAUAGCCACACUGACUCACCGCGACCGCCGGACGGACAGUGGAAUCAACUGUUUUCGGGGGCGGUACGAUGGCGAUGAUGGCAGCGCUUGCCUCGCUCUUUUUGCUCGUCACGCUGGCCAGCUCAGAUAAAGAUAAGGUCUACCACAAUUCUCAUCCAUUGUUUUCCUUACUGUGCACUCGCGUGGACACACAUUUUUACGGAUGUCGUCAUCAGCCCGGGCCAUUACCUGCUACGAAUGUGAUUCCGUCAAUAAUCCAGGGUGUGGGGAGCGAUUUGUGGGCGAUGACAUAUCCACGACGGAUUGCGAUGUGGCGGCGAACAUGCGAUCCCUGGGAGCGGAGGCCACUUGCCUCACCAAGUACCACGAGGGAAGUGAGUAUACCGACGCCAGGAGACACGCGCUUCGUGAGGCGCUCCUGCUACUUUUUCGAUGCCUCCCCAACAGGCAUCAGUUGCGACGAUGGACCAGAUCCUGUGGUGCCCUUUAUGAACUUCCUGGGCUGCGCACUCUGCGAUACGGAUUUGUGCAACGCAGCCACUGGAUUAUCCACAGCACCCUUUGUCAUUGUCCUCUCGGUACUCGGACUGCUUGUCCUCCCGGCUACCUAAGGAAGAGGAGUUCCGUGGAACGGCGGCGGUCGUAUUUCAAUGUUUCCUAUUAAAAGUAAUAUACUCCAGUAUUGUAUAAAA